AUGGGCUCCGUGUCCAACCAGCAGUUUGCAGGUGGCUGUGCCAAGGCGGCAGAAGAGGCGCCCGAGGAGGCGCUGGAGGACGCGGCCCGGGCAGCGGACGAGCCUCAGCUGCUGCACAGUGCGGGCAUCUAUAAGUGGUUCAACGUGCGAAUGGGGUUCGGCUUCCUGUCCAUGACCGCCCGGGCCGGGGUCGCGCUCGACCCCCCAGUGGACGUCUUUGUGCACCAGAGUAAGCUGCACAUGGAGGGGUUCCGGAGCUUGAAGGAGGGUGAGGCAGUGGAGUUCACGUUUAAGAAGUCAGCCAAGGGUUUGGAAUCCAUCCGUGUCACCGGACCUGGUGGAGUAUUCUGUAUUGAGAGUGAGAGGCGGCCAAAAGGGAAGAACAUGCAGAAGCACAGAUCAAAAGGAGACAGGUGCUACAACUGUGGAGGUCUAGACCAUCAUGCCAAGGAAUGCAAGCUGCCACCCCAGCCCAAGAAGUGCCACUUCUGCCAGAGCAUUAGCCAUAUGGUAGCCUCAUGUCCGCUGAAGGCCCAGCAGGGCCCUAGUGCACAGGGAAAGCCAACCUACUUUCGGGAGGAAGAAGAAGAAAUCCACAGCCCUGCCCUGCUCCCAGAGGCGCAGAAUUGA